CGGACGACAUAUCGACGAGGCUGUACAGGAUCUUGCAGUUGAGUUGGAUCAAUCGGACCUAUCAACCAAUGAGAUUUCAGAAUCAGAAGAAUCAGAAACAGGUUUCUCACCAGAAGAGGGGAGUGGCUUCCUGUCUGUUGUUGAGGAACAAACCAGCGCUCCCUCCACGGCCCGGCCUCCUGUGAAGUAUCUCACCACGCCCUCCAUGACCACAGCGAGUAACGGAAGAGAACUGGUGGUGUUCUUCAGUCUGCGCGUCACCAACAUGGACUUCUCCCUAGAUCUUUUCAACAAGACGUCGUCCGAAUACAGGUCCCUGGAGAGCACCUUCUUAGACGUGCUGAUGCCGUACCUGCAGGCCAACCUGACGGGCUUCAAGAAGCUGGAGAUCCUGAACUUCAGGCGGGGCAGCGUGGUGGUGAACAGCAAGGUGAAGUUCUCCCGCUCCGUGCCAUACAACAUCACUGAGGCCGUGACAUGUGUCCUGGAGGAGUUCUGCUCCGACGCCAUGAAACACCUGCACAUCCAGAUCGACACACACUCUCUGGACGUGGAGCCAGCGGAUCAGGCGGAUCCCUGUAAGUUCCUGGCCUGUGAGGAGUUCUCUCGCUGCGUUCUGAGCGGCAGGAUGAAAGAAGCUCGGUGUGUUUGUGAACCUGGUUUCCUGUCAGUGGACGGACUUCCCUGCCAGAGUGUUUGUGACCUGAAUCCAGACUUCUGCAGACACAGAGACAGCCCCGCCCUCUCAGGACUCUCCAGUUAAAGCGAAGCAUCUGAUUGGACGACACCUGAGAAUAACACAACAGACUCGAUGAAACGGGACUCAGCAGGUCCUCGUCUCUUCUUCAGUUAAACAUCAGACACUCUUCAGAGCUGAACAGCUUUCAGGACAAACUGUACCAACUCUCCAGAGCUCUUUCACACCAGAGGACGAUCUCCAGACAUUUUGGACACUUUUUAAAAAACUGUCGGACAGCCUUCGUCUCAGCGGGAUAUCGAUCCACGACGGACUGUUUUUGUCUGAUUCUCUCUUUGUGUUUGUGUAGUGAGUAGCGUGUUAAACACUCAGGAUGUUUAGGUUUGCUAACACGCCAAAGUCCAGGAGGCCCAAACAGCCGCCCUGUUGAACCCCUAAACGUCUGGACGGAAGACGAAGAGCACAUUAUCGGUCAUGAAAAUCCACAGACUAGAUUAUUGGAUCCCAACCCUUUAGCGUGUAACCCUUAAAACAUAUUGUAAUAUAAUGUUAAUAUAAUUAUUAAUGCCACUUUCUGUCUGGAGCGUAUGUGUUGUCGUUUGGAGAUCAACCAAAAAGUGUUUCCCCCUUCUCAUAUUGAUUCUUUUAAAGGGCUUAAUGAGUUGAUAGUAUCCAAGGGUUUGUUUGUUUGCAAGCUUACGGAAAAACUAUAGGUCCGAUUUUCACGAAUCUUGUUGGAAGUGUGUAGAAGUGAUUGCGUUUUACACAAAUGAUACAUUUCAUUAAACGACUCUACAGCCGUACCACCUGCUGUGUGUGGCUGAAUGCUAAA